AUGGUUGUGCAGAUGGCUGGUUUUGGCAGUGGAAUGGGUGACGGCCUGAGCUGCAAUGUCUCCAAAUCCCCAAAUGAAAGCGGAGCUAAUAACCUGUGUCUUCACCGGAUGCGUGGCCAAACAAUUCUGGUGCAGCCGUUCAGGAAUAUUAAUGUCCCAAGAAAUGAAAACUAUGGGGGUGGAACAGUGCUAAGGAGCCAUAUUAGAAAGACGCCAAUAAGGGCACCCGAGAGAUGCGCAAUGUGGUUCACAUUCUGCAGAGCAAAACCUCCUUUGAAGCUUCCAUUUAAGCUUGCUGAUGCUUGGGCUGCUUCCAUCACCUGUUAUAUAUAA